AUGGCGUGGAUGAGUGGCAUAAAUGGUGAUGGGACAGGAACCAAAUGGGCUUUCCUAAUUGCUGCUUCAAGAGUAUUUUCAAAUUAUAGACAUCAAGCUGAUAUGUUGUCUGAGGAAGAUUUUUCAUCGGAUGUUUUGACAUAUAAUAUUGUCAUGCUUGCGAAGUACAGUCUUGGGAAGAUGAAUCUGUUUCACAGAUUGCUUUAUGUGAUGGAAAGAAGCGGCCUUUCUCCGGAUUUUCAUACUUAUAAUAUACUUCUACAUGUUCUUGGUAGAGGGGAUAAGCCACUUGCUUCCGUUGAUCUUUUGAAUCACAUGAGAGAAAGAGGUAUAGAACCAACUAUUGGCUGCAUGCCAGAUGUGGUAGCAUACACUGUAAUGAUCACCGGAUAUGUGGUGGCUUGUGAAUUCGAGAAAUCUCAGGAAAUGUUUGAUGAGAUGAUUUCUAGAGGACAAAUUCCAAAUGUAUUUACCUAUAAUUCCAUGAUUCGUGGAUUUUGUAUGGUGGGAAAGUUUGACGAAGCAUGCUCAAAGCUUACGGAAAUGGAGACCAAAGGUUGUAGUCCAAAUUUUGUUGUCUAUAGGACAUUAGUGAGUAAUCUACGGAAUGCUGGAAAGCUUUCUAGAGCUCGAAAAGUGUUACGGCAGAUGAUGGAGAAGGGAAGGAAUGUCCAUCAACUUCCCAAGUUAAGAGCGAAACGAUAUAAGAAAUGA